GACACGCGCCGCGGGAACGCGCACAUGUUUUAGGAGUUCCGGUGAGGCCUCGGUUUGGAGUUGUUUGCACGUGAAAUGAAACUUACCAGUUUGCAGUGAGCUCGAUAGCAGCUGGAUGCGCGGCAGAAUAGACCUCCAUCAUCUCUGCCGGGACAGGGCUCUCUUGUUUGCUCAUCAGCAUGCUUGGCACUUUGAGGCUGGUUCACAUGGUGAAGCUAGCUGCUCUUCCAGGGCCUGUAACUGCACUGAUUUGCUGUCAUGCCAGCCAUGAUGCCCGUGUGUGGAUGGGCUCUGCUGGAAGGCAUUCCACAUCUGACAACAGAAGGAGAAGCCAAGAGAACGCUUCAGAGGAGGAACUUGAUAUGGAUGCAGUGGAAGCCAAAUUGGAGUCCCUUGUGAGUGAGGAGAAAAGAAUAAGAAAAGCUGCCAAAUUUCACAAGAUCAGGCGGCAGCUAAGUGAGCGCGGAGCCCCAGAAAGGAGAUUAAGUUGGGAUGCCAUUGAGCAGAUAAGAUAUCUAAAGCAAGAGUCACCACAGGAAUGGACAGUGCAGAGAUUAGCGGACAGUUUCUCCAUUAGUCCUGAUGUCAUCUGCAGAAUCCUCCACAGCAAGUUCACUCCCACUCCAGAGAGGAGGAUUAAACAGGACUCUAAAGUGUUGGCCACAGUCAGACGACUUUCACUCCGAGAUGGUCAAACUGACCAAUCUAAAAAGGAAAAGUUGAGACUGCCAGUGAUGGAUAGGACUGUUCCAGCUAUUUCCUCAGGUAACACAAAUGCCCUGACGGCCCUGAGCUCUGAGGCCCUUGCACCCGCAGAGAUUGAGACAAGAUUGGUUCCCUCUGGUGGUGAUGUUACACUACAAUCCAGAGGAACAUCUCAAAUAUCAGCUGCCCCAGCUAUGGCACAGAGCAUAUCACAGGAGCAGACUAGUGAGAAACAAGAUCUAAAGAGUUUAAAGCAGGAGGAAGAGCAAGACUGGGAACAAAUAUUUCUCACAGAAGAAGAACUUGAGGAACUUGUGCAAACACUGCGUGGAAAGCCCAGUGCGGUGGAACAGAAGGGCAGGGAGUUUUUUGACAGUGAAGGCAACUUUCUUUACAGGAUAUAAAGAAACUAUUAACAGUCCACUUCUCAGUAAACAUCAGUAAUGCUGCCCCUCAAAUUAAUGUUCUAGUGUGACAUGUUGGGGGUUAUUUGUUCUCAUAUGCCUUAAGAAUAGUAAAUUUAGGAACUUUAAAACAACCAAAAUGUAUGAAUGGUGAUACAAUAUAUUACAGAAUAAAAAUAACACAUUUAAAUUA